AUGGCCAUGAGUCAUGCUCGUUUUACGUGCUGCCACGAUGAGGAUGUUCCGUACGGCAGAGCGGACGACUUCAAUCGCUGCUGCUACAAUCGUUUCGCAGGCGGAAGGGACUGGAUAAAUGGCCAGGACGAUGUCGACGACCCGUGCUGCGAUCGCAUCACAGCGAACAUCUUCUGGCGGCACCCGGGACGCAUAGCCGAACUGUGCUUGCCGAAUAUCAACAUCGACUAUUCGAACUUGGAGAUAGACGUGAAGUUGCGCGACGGCACCGAAAAGAGCAUCGAGUUGAAAGAGUUGGUCGCGUUGCGAUACGACUGUCCGUACUUGCACAAGAGGUCCAACUUCUACCGCUACGACAUCUGA